AUGCAACCCGAAAAGAGAGCUCAGUGGGCAAUUGGCUUGAUGCAUCCUACAAUUCUGAUCAUAAGAGGGUCUUCAAGCAUCAGGGAUCAAGCAAAAGUUGCAGGAAAUUCGAUGCGACUCCAGCAUGGGGCUUACUCCAAUAUUCUUCUGGUGAAGGGGAGCGACGAAAAUGGAGUCGCGUCGGGUGAAUCCGCAGCCCAGGGCACGUGGGCUACUAACAUGUGGAAAAGUACCCCAUAG